AUGUCAAACACAAAACCCGGCGCAACCGGGGCAGCAGAGCAAAAGAACGAGGAACAGCUGGCGCUGGCCAGACAACUGAACCAGGUACCAUGGUGCGAGCAGUACGAACGCAUGAUAUCGGGAAUGCUAUACGACGCAUUCGUCCCCGAGCUGGCCAAAGCCCGAUUCCAAGCGCGGGCCUGGUGCCAUCGCUACAACAGCUAUUUCCCAUCCCCAGAGUCCAUCACCGAUGGUGAGCAUGAUUACGACAGCCUAGCAAAACUGCGCAUGAAGUGGCUGCACGAGAUCCUGGGCAGUGCGCAAGGUGACGAGAUCUUCAUCGAGCCACCGUUUUACAUCGACUAUGGAUGCAACAUCCGGCUCGGCGAGCGGGUUUAUGCCAACUUCAAUCUUUGUAUCUUGGACUGCGGUCUAGUUACGAUUGGCGACCGGGUCAUGUUUGGUCCUAAUGUUUCCAUCUUUGCGGCUACGCAUGAGACUGAUGUGCAGAGCCGGAGGGAUAAUGUCGAGUAUGCAAAGCCCGUGGUGAUUGGCGACGACUGCUGGAUCGGUGGGCAUGUUGUGAUUCUACCGGGCGUCACGAUUGGCAAGGGCUGUACGAUUGCUGCCGGCGCGGUGGUGAGCAGAGAUAUUCCAGCGUGGAGUGUGGCCAUGGGACAGCCUGCAAAGGUGGUCAAGACGGUGAAGCCGUUGGAGUACAUGGCCACCCCGCACUUCCCCGCAGCGAUUGAAGCUUCUCUCCGACAACACCUCGACAAACCCACCACCGGCCCAACGCCCGCAGUCGCCGGCCUGGUAUACAGCGCAGUCAAUCGCAAUGGAAACAUCAUAUUCAGCCACGCCUCUGGUAGCCGGGGCCUGGGAAUUGCGAACAGCCCCAUGACCCCGGAUACCGUGUUCUGGCUGGCCUCGUGCACCAAGAUGAUCACAGCCAUUGCGUGCAUGCAACUCGUCGAACAGGGGAAACUGGCACUUGACAAUGUCCAGCAAAUCGAAACCAUCGCGCCCGAGUUGAAGGCUGUAAAAGUCCUUGCUGGCGAUUUGCAGAGUGGCUUCAAACUGGUCGACAAGGAGCGCGGCAUCACGUUGCGCAUGCUCCUGAACCACACCGCCGGCUUUGGAUAUCCCUUUGAUGACCCCCGCCUGCGCGACUACUCGCAUCCCAUCGGCUUCGACGAAUUCGCCGGCAACACCGCCGAUGUACUGGGUCUACCUCUAGUAAACCAACCAGGAACAGCAUUCCAGUACGGCGUCAACAUUGACUGGGCUGGCGCUAUUGUCGAGCGCGUCUCUGGCCUGUCACUAGACCAAUAUUUCCAAAAACACAUCUUUGAGCCGCUCGCCGUCAAGGAUAUGGGCUUUUUCCCUUCGUCGGAGAUGAAGCAGAGACUAGCGUAUAUGCAUCAGCGAGAGAUUGAUGGGUCGCUGCAUGUUUCGGAUCAUUUGUAUCGGUUUCCGCUGGUUGAGCAUGCAGCACCAGAAGAAGAUAGAUUUUGUUCUGGCGGGGCUGGGUGUUUUGGGUCUCCGGGCGAGUACUGCAAAAUCAUAGCAGUGCUUUUGAACAAUGGCACCUGUCCCAAAACCAACACUCGUCUCUUGAAGCCCGAGACUGUCGACGAAAUGUACAAAGACCAAAUCCCCACCUUCCCACGCUCCAUCAACGCCAUCGUCCCCUCUGCAAAACCACAUCUCAAACGCGACGGCCCCGUCCGUCUCGCCGCCGACGACAGCGAAACCGAAGGCUGGGGACUUAGUUUUUCAAUCAACCACCGCGAAAAGCCGACGGGCAGAGCCGCAGGCACAGUGAACUGGGAAGGGAUUGCGAAUUUGUAUUGGUUUGCGGAUCGGGUGACGGGUGUGGGUGGGAUGAUUGCGAGUCAGAUUUUGCCCUUUGGUGAUACGGCUGUGAUUGAGACGAAUGAGGCGGUUGAGAAGGAGUUGUACAGGGGGUUGAAGAGUUUGGCGUAG